AUGCUUCAUUGGGCAGACGGCCGGCCUCGCUGGCUUGUGCUCGCCCCAUGGUUCUACACGACCGCCGAGAUGGUAACUAAUGCUCUCAUUGACAUGGACGGAACAAACCUCAAUCAUAAGUUUCAGUCCGGCGGAUACGGUGGUGGCGGGCAGAACCCAGCCCGACCCAGUCCAACCCAGAAUGGGCAAUUCAAUGGCAGAAAUCGACGAGAAAGAGGUGGACAGCAACCGAGUGCGAAUAUGGAGUGGCGGACGGUGACACCUACAGAAGGGUGCACAGCGCCCGAUCACCUUUGCUCUGGGCUCUUCCAGCAGUAUCCGUUAUGCGGUGCAGUUUCAGUCAUGAGCCCUAGAGCAACAACAACCUUGCACGCGGAGGACAUGACGCACAUGGCCCAGGGUCAAGGGGCAGAGAUCGUUGGUAACUAG